AUGACACGACUGAACAGAAGCUGCGGCUUAACGCUCGUGGCUCUUUGCUUCGUUGGUUUGGUGACUGCAGACGACGACCAUGAUUCCCACAUGGACAUGAGCGCUCCUAAGGAAUUCCAUCCGAUUAAUCCAAGGUCGAAGACAUUCCAUUGGCUUUUAUCGUUGGCUUUACUGUUUAUGUUACCUUCUGUAUCAGCGGCUUACUGCUUUGCCAACCGUUAUGUUGUAUCGAGCAUAAUGCAAAUUAUUUGCGCUUGCUACGCAGUAUUCGAAGUCUUAGUAUUAUCGUUUCCCGAUAGCGAUGGAGUGGAAAAUAGAACCUCAGUGGGCACUGGGUGGGUUCUUGCAAUUCUCUAUUGUGUCACUGUAUUUUUUGGAUCGCUGACAAACGGAAGUGAGUUUCUGCUACGGAACAAACAGAGUGACCAAUGGCUGAGCGCGUUAGGACAUACAGCUAGUAGGCGUGUGUACAAGACUCUUUCUGUCUUCGUUGUGCUUGUCGGUUGGGUGAAAGUUUGUUUGGCUCCCGUAGCUUUGUUCGGGUUUUGCAGAGGAAGAAGUACCGGGCAAUGUAUAGCUCAUGGAAUUAUGGGGAGCUCAUUUAUUUGGUAUGGGUUCAUACUUCUACUAGUGCUUGUGAUACCGUGGCUGCGACUAAGAGAGACCGGAUACAGUCAAGAAUUUUUUGACUCUCUGUUGAUGACUGCCUGGGGUUGUGUUAAUACCUUCACCGAACAUCGCUGGGGCCGUGAAGCAUGGUCUCAUGGUGACUAUCAACACACUUCCAUGGGAAUAAUCUGGUGGUGUGGGGGCCUUUUAGGGCUCUGGUUAACUAGAAAUGGGGAACGAUCUUACAUUCCUGCGUUACUUUUAAUGUUCACGGGUUAUGGAAUGGCAGAACAUGUGCAGAAGCUACAGAUUAGCACGAAAGUUCAUUCAUUUUUUGGGUUGGCUCUAAUCGGCGGCGGAUUAGCCAGAAUAGUGGAGAUUUCGUUUGUUUUAAGAGACAAGCGUCAUGAUUCAAAAGUCCACUCUUUCCAAUACCUCCCGUCUUUUGCUUUGGUAGAAGCAGGUGUACUUUUCAUGGGUGCCACAGAAGAACAGCUCCAACUGGUCAAGGAUCUCGGAGCCGACCAUUCUUCGUACAUUUUGGUAGUAUCCGGCGCUGCUUUUAUGAUUCAGUUAUGGUUCUUGUUAAUUCUGGAAUUAUAUCUGAAACUUGCUACUUCAGACUUUGCCAGUAACGGAGAGUACACAUUGGCUGAUGAAGAGUUCGAACUUUCCGACCUCUCACCAGUGAAUACACACGAAUAA